UUAUUGUGUGUGACAGUAUUAUCACAUGAUGAUGAAAUUAUAAAACAACGCAUUAUAAAAUCCAUUUGAAUCUAAUCUGUUUUACAAUGUAAAUGUGAUUAAAAGUGCUUGACAAGAAUUUAAAAAAUGUAUAAAAUAACUAUUACUAAAUAGUUUUGUAAAUUAACAUAAAUUUUAAUAUUAUUUUACAAUUUUGCAAAUUUGCAAAUAAAACUCAUCAAUAUUCAAUUUUUACAGAAGGUGUUACUAAAAAAAAAUUAUUUCAAGAAUAAUAUUUGGUAUUGAAAUUCUAAAUUUUUUUACAUUAAAUUAAUGUAUAAUGUUAUUUUUCAAGACAACACAAUUUCUCUCUACGAGAAUAAGAACAAAAAUUUUAACCCCUCCUCUAAAGAAUGAAAUUCGAUUUUAUUUCACACAGAACAAACAAACGAGAAAGUCAUUUAAAUAUCCGGGUUUUUUAUUUUGUACCAUAGUUUUCAGUUCAGCUAUUGGCUACAAAUUUAUAAAAUCCGAAAAAUUUAAAUUUCCAUCAUUAAAUGAUGUUUUUAAUAUUUUCAUACCAAGCGUCAAUGCAUUAACAUUAGAUGAAAAUAAUAAUAAUAAUAAUAAUAAUAAUAAUAAUAAUAAUCGAAGUAAAUAUAAUUUUAUUGCUGAUGUUGUUGAAAUUUGUGCACCAGCUGUUGUCUUAAUACAAGUUAAGGAAUCAAUAAUAAGUAGUCGCUAUCCAAUGAAACCUUUAAUUCGUAAUAAUGGAUCUGGAUUUAUAGUCGCUGAAGAUGGUUUAAUUUUAACAAAUGCUCACGUUGUCAUGAAUGCGAGAAGAAGAUCCAAUUUAAAAGUUACAGUACAACUAAUGGAUGGAUCAAUGUACGAUGCAAUUGUCGAAGAUGUUAAUAUGGAAGCUGAUCUUGCAAUAAUAAGAAUUCAAAAGAAAAAUUUACCAGUAAUAAAAUUAGGGAAUUCAAAAGAUUUAAGACCUGGUGAAUUUGUUGUUGCAAUUGGUGCACCAUUAUCAUUAAGUAAUUCUAUCACUAGUGGUAUUGUUAGUAGUCCAAAUAGACGUAGUGAAGAAUUGGGAAUAUCUCACAAUCAGAUGAGUUAUAUUCAAACUGAUGCUGCAAUUACAUUUGGAAAUUCUGGUGGACCAUUAGUGAAUCUUGCCGGUGAAGUUAUUGGAAUAAAUGCAAUGAAAGUGAGUCAAGGUAUUUCAUUUGCAAUUCCUGUGGAUUAUGCAAAAGAAUUUCUAGAAAAGUUUGCCGAAAAGAAAAAAGGACAUUUUAAGAAUGACGAAUUAGGAAGAAAACGAUAUUUGGGAAUUACAAUGAUAACUCUAACACCGGAAAUAAUUUCCGAUAUGCAACAUGUUAUUGGAAAUGCUUUAGAAUAUGUUAAAAAUGGAGUUUUAAUAUGGAGAAUUGUACGAGGUUCACCGGCGGAUUUAAGCGGUUUGAAGAAUGGAGAUAUUAUCACUGAGGUUAAUGGUAAAGCACUAAUGUCUGCUGCAGAUAUUUAUGAAGCACUAGAUCAAAAGGGACCUUUGAUUUUAAGGGUAGUACGAAAUGGUCAACAGUGGGAAUUUAAAAUCGAGCCGGAAAUUUUGCAAUAAAAUUAUUAAUGUUCAUUUCUUCACUGUUCCAUUAUUGGAAAAUGAAACAACUCUUAAGAGGUAAAGAUGUAAAAUAAAAAUUAUGUUUAAAAUUAUCUCUCUUUUAUUGAAAUAAAAGGAGAUUUUAAAGCUGAAUUUCCAAAUAACAAAAACUCAUUGAAAUCUAAUUGAAAAUAUUCUAGUCAAUUCAUUGUUAUUUCACAUCAUUUGAAAUUGUCAUAAGGGUUUCAAACGGUUUUUCAUGGCAAAAAAUUAAUGUCUUAUUGAAAACAUGCUAAAAUAAUAAUGUUAAAUGUUUACCUUCAUAAAACAUGGUUAAUUAAUUUUAUAAUUUCAAGUUAAAUCUUUAUCGUUGUUAUUCGAUUUUAUGAAAUAAUUAACAUAGUCAUCUAGAUCAUUAAAUUUUAGAGCAAUACUCGCAAUGAGUACCUAUAAUCCUCCUUCCUAAUGUUGACCAAGAAUUUUAUACUAGACGAAAUUCAAAACAUCAAGGCUGUUUCCAUUAAUUAUCGGAACCUAAUUCUAAUAAGCUUAGAACUUUUUUUGGUUUAUUAAAACAGGCCGACAUUUGUAAAACUGUCCAGCCUUCAAAGCUCACAGCAUGGAGGUCGGCUCCAUGAGUUUUUCGAUUACUUUUAACGAUGGCUGUUUUUCCAUCCACACAGCCGACAUUAAGGGUGUGUGUUGCAAGGAAUUUUUCAUUUUUAUGCUAUGCCCCUUUGUAAUUAAUAUGUCGAUCAUAUCAAGGUCUUUGUUCAUGACAGCAAUAUGCAAGGCUGUGUUACCCCUAUAUUCAGGAAUUUUAGAAAUUGGCAUUAAUAAAUAAAUAAUUUAUUUAUUAAUUAAUAAUUAAAUUAAUGAAUUUCAUAUCAAAGUCAAUAGACUUUGAUUUACUUACCAGCGACAUAAUUAUAUUUAUUUUCUAAAAAAUUUUAUGACAAUUAUUAUUAUUAACAUAAUUGAUAUUUAAUAUUAAUUAAAUAUUUUCAUAUAUAAAUAAUUUGAAAUUGGCAAUUUAAAAGUCUCAUAUCGAAAUUUUAAUGUACAUGAUGUUGUAAUAUAGAAAUAUUUAUAAUUUAAAAGUGCACAGUUUGAUAAUUUUAAGUAUUAAGGGGUAAAGCCACUAUAGGUCAAGAAAAUUUAAACCAAUAAAAUAAAUUAUUUAUAUUUUUAUAAAUUAUGUUUUGAAGUACAAAAUUUGUUUUACAUGUGAAAAAUGUUUGCCUUUUCAUUAAAAUUUUUUUUUUUUUAAUUUUUCUGCAAUGCUUAUAGUGACUUAACUCUUUAAUAAGUGUAUGAAAAAAUUUUAUAAUGUUUGAAGGAAUAAAAAGUUGUUAAAUUCAAAAUAUUCACUUUGCAUUGGUAAUUAAUGCAAAUUAUUAAAUAAUGUUUAAUAUUUAUAAUUAACAAAUUUUAAUAAAACAUUGUAAUUAUUAUAAAAUAUAGUACGAUCAUGGUAUGUUUAUUUAAUUUUGAACUAUUUAUUGUAAUUAAUAUUUUAAAUUCAAAAAUAAUUUGAUAUUAAAAUUGAAAUUAUAUCAGUAUUAAAAUUCAUUAAAGUAUAUUUAUUUAAAAUACGUGAUAUUUCCCGCACAAUUUUAAAUUCAUAUAGUUAGGAUUUAAUAAUGAAUAUAUUUUUUAUUAAUUUAUAAAAUUGUAAUAAUGAAGAAAUUGGAAAAUUGUAAAUUUUGAUUCUAUUUUUAUUGGAUUUAAAAAUGCGGGGAGAUAUCAUGUCCUCUUGAUAAAUUAUCAAUUUCAUGUUAUACGAAUUAUAUUUUUGUAUAAAAUCCUUUAAUGUUGUAUUGUAAUGUAACAUUGUUGAAAUUAAAUUAUAUCUGAAAAUUGAGUUAGAAAUUAAAUAUUCAAUAUAAUGUAUUUGAAAGAGCCGAGAGUGAGAGGCAACAGACGAUAGUUACUAAACAAAAAAAUUAAAUUUUAACUACCUGAAAUAAAUUAAUAAAUAAAAUGUAAUUUUGCAACUACAA